AUGGAGAAGAUGAAGAGUGAGGUGGAAGGCCAGCGCCCACAGCAACCACAGCCGCCUCAGAGGAUCGGUGGAUCAUCUGGGUCCAAGCCCAGACAUGAGGAGCGGAUGAGACCGUAUGAUAGACCCCACCACCAGCCUCAAGGGUCCAGGAGCUUUUCUCCUCAGCAAGGCCGAGUUCGGUGUUACACAUGUGGAGGACCCCACCCGAGGUACGCUUGUCCACGUAUGGAGGGUUACCGUAGGUGCAACAACUGUGGCAAGGAAGGCCACUUUGGGAAGGACUGUCCCAACCUUGCCAGGGCAGCGGCACGCCCUCCAGUUCAGACUCUUCAUCAACAUCAGAGGAGGGACAGAGGCAAUAAGCCUUAG